UGGAUGUCCCGACUCCUUGACAACCUUUUGUUGGUUAGAGCAACACCUGAUGUCUGCUGAAGAUGGGGGAGAGGUUGCAUAAUCAGAACACGCAUGUUUGCACUUUUUCAGACUGCAAAGCUGCCUUCCGUAAGCCGUGGAAGCUGGAAGCUCAUCUGUGCAAACACACAGGAUUGAGACCCUUCUCCUGUGAGAACUGUGACAAGAGCUUCUGCACUCAUUACCAGCUCACCAGACAUGAGCGGAAGCACAGUGGAGAGAAACCACACAAGUGUCCGAAUGACGGGUGUUCUGAGACCUUCGUGACGUCUGCCAGCAUGAAGAACCACAUGGCUCGGGUCCACCUGCACCAGGAAAAGCGAUAUCCAUGCAACCAUCAGGGAUGUGAGAAGGAUUUCAAACAGAAGAACCAGUUGAAAGCUCACAAGUGUGAGCAUGGAGAUCCUUUUCCCUUUCAUUGUUCUUUCAGUGGCUGUGUGAAGGACUUCCCCUGCCAAGCACAACUUAAACAUCAUGAGAAGGUUCAUAAAGGUUAUCCCUGUGAUUCUGAGUCGUGUCCUUUCCUGGCAAACACCUGGUCGGAAUAUCAGAAGCACAGAAAAGAACAUGAAGUUAAGCUGCCGUGUGGACAAUGUGAGAAGCUGUUCAACUGCACCUGGUUCUUGCACCUGCACCACCUGCGUGUGCACUCUGGGGAGAAGCGGUACUUCCUGUGCACCAGAGAAGGGUGUGGCAAGAAGUUCCGUCGCCGCCUGAGCUUGGAGAGUCAUGAGUUGGGAGAUCAUGAAGGGAAGAAGCCUUUUGGCUGUGCCUAUCCUGGUUGUGGGAAGACGUUUGCCAUGAAAGAAAUCCUGUGGCGACACGGUAAGGUGCAUGAUCCUGCAAAGAAAAAGAAACGAGGUCCUAAAAAGGAUUGGCCUUCUCAGUCUGCUGCAGCGGCUGAAGAAGAGGAACAGCUCACUCUAAAGCUGCAAGAAGCAACUUUAGAGGAGAAUAAACCUUCAAGGCAGCAACAUUAAUCUUGUAUUAUAUUCUGUGGCUGCAGACUUGUACAAUAAAACUCUAAA